GCGGGCGCGCGCGCACGCUCCCCCUCCCCUCCCUUGUUCAAGGGUGCCGCCCUCUUAAAGGGCCCGCGCCAGGCAUGGCCGGGCCCGGCGGGCCCGAUGGGGCGGCGGCGGUCGUCGGUCCGUGAUGGCGCCUCGGCGCUCCCCGGGCGGCAGCGGGCCCGAAAUGGCGGGCGGGGGGCGGGCGGCGGGGGGGGUCCCGGCGCAGAGCGUGUGCAUGGUGUCGGACUUCUUCUACCCCAACAUGGGGGGCGUGGAGAGCCACAUCUACCAGCUGUCGCAGUGCCUGAUCGAGCGGGGCCACAAGGUGCUGGUGGUCACCCACGCGUACGGCGGCCGGCGGGGCGUGCGGUACCUGACCAACGGGCUGAAGGUGUACUACCUGCCGCUCCGGGUGAUGUACAACCAGUCGACGGCGACCACCCUCUUCCACAGCCUGCCCCUGCUCCGGUGCAUCUUCGUGCGGGAGAGGGUGACCGUCGUCCACGCGCACAGCUCCUUCUCGGCCAUGGCGCACGACGCGCUCUUCCACGCCAAGACCAUGGGGCUGCGGACGGUGUUCACCGACCACUCGCUCUUCGGCUUCGCCGACGUCAGCUCGGUGCUCACCAACAAGCUGCUGACCGUGUCCCUCUGCGAUACCAACCACAUCAUCUGCGUCUCCUACACCAGCAAGGAGAACACGGUGCUGCGAGCGGCCCUGGACCCACGGAUCGUCUCCGUCAUCCCCAACGCCGUGGAUCCCACAGACUUCACCCCAGACCCCUCCAGAAGGGAUGACAGGACCAUAACGAUCGUCGUGGUCAGCAGGCUUGUUUACAGAAAAGGUAUAGAUUUGCUUAGUGGUAUAAUUCCUGAGCUCUGUCAGAAGUAUCCAGAGUUACAUUUCUUAGUUGGAGGAGAAGGACCAAAACGAAUUGUAUUGGAAGAAGUCCGGGAAAGAUACCAGCUACAUGACAGGGUGCGUCUCCUAGGAGCCUUGGAACACCAGGAUGUAAGAAAUGUUCUAGUCCAGGGGCACAUUUUCCUCAACACUUCCCUCACUGAAGCCUUUUGUAUGGCAAUCGUGGAAGCAGCAAGCUGUGGCUUACAGGUUGUGAGUACAAAGGUUGGCGGGAUUCCUGAGGUGCUUCCAGAGAAUCUCAUUAUUUUAUGUGAACCUUCUGUGAAAUCAUUGUGUGAUGGUCUAGAAAAGGCUAUUGCCCAGCUCAGAUCGGGAACGCUACCAUCUCCAGAGGCUGUUCAUAAUAAAGUAAAGACGUUUUAUACAUGGAGGGAUGUAGCCGAGAGAACUGAAAAAGUAUAUGAGAGGGUUGCAGGUGAAAAGGUUUUACCAAUGAAUGAGCGACUUGACAGACUAAUGUCUCACUGUGGCCCAGUGACUGGGUAUAUUUUUGCUCUUUUUGCUGUUCUGAACUUCCUCUUCUUGGUGUUUCUGAGGUGGAUGAUUCCAGAUUCCAUUAUUGAUGUUGCAAUAGAUGCCACAGGUCCUAAAGGUGCAUGGACUAAACAGUAUUUUUCUGGGAAGAAAAGAAGAGUUAAAGAAGAACCUCCAAUCUCCUAAAAUGCUCCAAUGGAGAGAAAAAAUGCAUCGGUUCCUAAAGGUUUUAAAGCUUGCUGUUAGAGACAGUACUUUUCAAAUUCUACGGUUUCUUUCUGAAGUUCUUUGAAAGAAACUUGGUUAAAUGUGCUACCUCAAUUUAGGAUUAUGUUUUAAUUUAGUUUUGGAUUCUUACAAGUAUAUGGACAUCUCUUUUGCACUUAAAGCUGGAGGGAGAACGUGGAUUUUUACAUGUGUCAAGAGCCUUUGAGACAAAAAUAUUAGAUUUUUCUCUAUAACUUGAAUAGUACAGACAGUGAGUGUAAACUUUUGUGAUAUUUGGAAAAGCAAAACACAAAAAUUACAUCAGUUUACAGUAGUCCCUGUCAAUUCCUGAUAUUUACUCUGAUUUUUGAGACCUAUUUAAAAAAAUUAAAUACUGAACAAAACAUACCUUUUCUUUCCUAAGAUGAAAAUGACACUUGAAGGUAGUCAUACUAAGAAAUUCCACAGUAAUAAUUAAUUUACUGUAAAUUCAUUAUUACCAUGGAAAUUUCAGAGACUUAGUUCCAGCAGUUGUGUCCCAGUGACAAUGUUUUAACGUGCACAGCAAUAUUAUUUUGAAGUUUGUCCCUAAUGAAAAUUAGAUCAUUCUGUUGCCAAAUCAAAACUCCAUAAAGAACUUCGGAUAUUCUCAUCACAAGUAUCCUGUUAACUAACACAUAUGAAAGUGAGGUAAAGCUUACGUCUUUUUUUUUAAAGCGCAUAGGUGGCUUUUGUAAAAAUACAUAGGUGAAGGAAUGAUGUUACUUAGAUUAAGAUGAUAAUAAUUAGCCUUCAGAAUCAGCUCAGGCCUGCAAACACCUCCAGCAGAGUAUGCCAAAGUAUGAAGUAACGUGUGUUUGUGUGUGUGUGUGUGUGUCUGAAUGAGAGAGAGAAAAAAAUUUGUGAAGGGCUUAACAAGCCUCAACAAGCACCAUCAUAUUUUCUCUGGUGUUUUUU